UAAAGUCUCCACUCCUUUCCUGGCCUGGGAGGAACUCUUGCCCUCUCUCUCUGCCUGCCUGCCUGCCUGCCGGGUGUGAUUGGUAGGCCUGCAGUCACCCCUGCUGUCCUGGAGCUCUGGAGAGGUUUGGUGAUCCAGCAAUCUUCAACCUGUUUUGCAUGAACUGCAGAAUGAAGGAAUUUUUGCAUCACGUAACCUCCUUCGCCCUUGCUACCCUCUCGCCUUCCACAGCAUACUGCUACAAAACAGCAAAAAGAAUGCCGUGAGCGGCUGCCAUGACAGAAGAGUGGGCCCCGCAGCUGGUCGACUACUUCGUGGUGGCCGGAUUGGUGGACACCUCCAAGCCGCUGGAGGAUGAGAGCCAGCCGCCCCGCCCCGCCAGGCCCAGCGAGCCCAUUGUGGAUGUGGCCAUUAUCGUCCGCUCUCAGGGCGAGGAGGUGCCCCACGGUUUCACCUGCAUUGACCGCACCACCUCUGGGAACCCCGUGGAGCUCAACGCCGGACUGCUCAACAACCCUCAGAUGUACAUCUGCUAUAGGCGGGGCCGGGACAAGCCUCCCAUUCUUGAGUUGGGGGUGCACUAUGAUGGGAAGGACCCCCCAAAGCCUGACUACAAAAUAAUCGACACGACUCCCUACAGCCACUCGGCAAACCUGGCCUCAGGGACCCCCGGACACCAGCGCACCUUCCUGACUUACCGGCGGGCCAGCAAGAGCCAGGCCUACAGCACGCUGGGCAUCACCGACAUUUGCCUUAUCAUGCCGAGCAAAGGGGAGAGCACCCCACACACCUUUUGCCGUGUGGACCGGAACCUAAAUGCCGGCAUGUGGGGCCCGGCCCUCUUCAUCUGCUACAAGAUGGCAUUGGCGAAAGGGAACGUUCUGGUAUACGAAGCAGGUCUCCUGAGCCGUUACCCGGAGGAAGAUAACGAGGCUUUCCCCCUGCCGGAGUCCGUAGCUGUUUUCUGCCUGCCAAUGGGUGCCACCAUCGAGAGCUGGCCGGUGGACACCAAAUACCAGCUUCCUGUCUUCUCCACCUUCGUGUUGACCGGAGCGUCAGGGGACAAGGUGUAUGGUGCUGCCAUCCAGUUCUACGAGCCCUUCCCCCGGGAGCAUCUGUCCGAGCGGCAAUGCCUGUGGCUCAACCUGCUCACCGUCGUCGACCGGCGCCCCAUCACCAGCAAGUCGGUGCAGACCCGCAAGAGCAUCUGCGUCCUGUCCCACUGGCCCUUUUUUGAUGUCUUCCGGAAAUUCCUCACUUUUCUGUACCGCUACAGCAUAUCGGGACCUCAUGUUCUUCCACUCGAGGCGCACAUCUCUCAUUUCAUGCACAAUGUCCCCUUCCCAUCUCCGCAGCGCCCUCGGAUCCUGGUUCAGAUGUCUUCCUAUGAUAACAUGCUACUGUGCCAGCCUGUUUCAUCUCCUCUGCCGCUAAGCGGCGCCAGCUUCCUCACCCUACUGCAGACGCUGGGCCCUGAAAACGCCGUGGCCCUCCUCGUGGCGGUGCUGACGGAGCAGAAGCUGCUGAUCCACUCCCUGCGGCCGGAUGUUUUGACCAGCGUGGGCGAAGCCUUGGUGUCCAUGAUUUUCCCGUUGCAUUGGCAGUGCCCAUACAUCCCGUUGUGCCCGCUCACCCUGGCUGACGUGCUGUGCGCCCCAGUCCCCUUCAUUGUAGGGGUCCACUCCAGUUACUUCGACCUCUAUGACCCACCCCAUGACGUCAUCUGCGUCGAUCUGGACACAAACACCAUCUUCCAGCAGCUUUGCUCUGCGCGCAGGUGCGAGGAAAGGAAGCUGCUGUCGACACGGUCCCUGCCCCGGAAACCUUGCAAGGUGCUCUUGGCUUCGCUCAACUCCCAAUACCAUCAGCUGGAUGAGAUGUACAAUAGGCCUGUAGAGGAAGCGACCCUGGAAUUCUUGCUGACCGAUUAUGAUCUCAUCUAUGGGCGGCGAAAACAGCUGGAACUGGACAUCCAGGGGUCUUUCCUGCGCUUCAUGGCCUGUCUCUUGAAGGGCUACCGUUCCUACCUCCUGCCCAUCACCCAGGCGCCCUCCGAGAAGACCCGUGACUCCAGUAGCCUCUUCAACCUCCAGGGCUUCUUGAAGUCACGUGACCGGGCGUACCACAAGUUCUACGGGCAACUCCUACGCACCCAGCUCUUCACGCAGUUCAUCGAGGAGUGCUCCUUCGUCAGCGACCGCCACACUUCCCUGGAGUUCUUUGACUCCUGUGUCGAGAAGGUGCAAGCAGAUCUGGAGAAACCCGAGGAAUCCGCCCUGAUUGAACUGGACGACACUCACGGCAGCGAGCACACUGUCUUCAUCAUGCCGCCGGAGGAGCCAACUGGUCCAGAUGGUACUGAGCUGCCACCACGGUACCAGUACGAUGGCUUUCCCAAGCUUCAGACCAGGCUGUUUGAGCGGCCCCAGGACCAGCUGAUGCCUUCGCUCUCCCAAGCCCGGAGCAGCGCCCCUAGCAGCCCAGCGCCGCGCCGGACCAAACAGGAAAUGAAGGUCGCGCAACGGGUGGCGCAGAAGUACUCCUCGGUGCCUGACAUGUGGGCAAAGUGCCUGCUGGGGCACUGCUACGGCCUGUGGUUCAUCAACCUGCCCACUUACGUGCGGGCUGCAGUCUCCAAGGUGCGGGCCCUGCAGACGGCUUACGAGGUGCUCAGGCAGAUGGAGACCAAGAAGGUCGUGCUGCCGGAUGAGGUUUGCUACCGGAUCCUGAUGCAGUUGUGUGGUCAGUAUGGCGAGCCCAUCCUCUCGGUCCGGGUGCUACUAGAGAUGAAGCGGGCCGGCAUUGUGCCCAACACCAUCACCUAUGGCUACUAUAACAAGGCCAUUUUGGAAUGCAAAUGGCCCUCCAGUACCCAGGGGGGCCGACUCCGCUGGGCAAAGCUGCGGAAUGUUGUCCUGGGGGCCGCCCAGUUCCGGCAGCCGCUGCGACAGCGCGACGCGGGAUUGCGGAGUGUCGGCGGCCAGUCGGAGGGUGCAGGCAUCAAGACACCAGGAUCCCGGCCUCGGUCCGGUCUGCAGCGGCAGACAACUUGGUCCGGGGGCAGCUUGACCGAGAAUCUUCCCUCCACGUCCCUGGUGAAGAGCGGCAGCCUCAGUUUCCCCCAGCAUGAACCGGAAGCCGGAGUGGCCCGCUCGACCAAGGUCCUGGGUGGGCCGGACCAUGGAAGCAGCGACACGCUCCCCGCUCUGCACCCCUGGUUGCGGGGCCUGCAGGACGGGCCUGGAAUGUCCGAGGAUGGGAGCCUAUCGGAUGUCAGCAGCUUCUUGACAGACGAGAGUGACAGGCUGACCCUAAAUAGCACAGACACCCAGCCGGGCCUGGGACAGCUGGAAGAGGCCGCGCCAGGGCCAGGCCAGAUGUCGGAAAGUCGUGGCGCGGGGGGCACGCCGCGCCGAAGCCUGUCCGCCAAACUUCAGCAGCUGCUGUCGCCCAUAAAGCGGUCUUCGCUAAGACACCCCUCCUCGGGGGAGCAUUCGCACGCACGCUACGGUUCUGAGCAGCGGGACACCCUCCCUCGCCGUAGUCCACUGGAAGGGCGCUUUCUGCUUCCUCGCGAACGUCCAGGUUCCACUGCCUCUGAGAGUUCCGUGUCAGUGGGCAGCGAUUACGAUCUCUCGGACAGCUCCGUCUGCAGCUUCAACCUCCACAAAUCCAGUGACCGGCUUUCGGAGCCUCCAGCUGUCGAGGUGCUGCUUUCCAGCUGCUCCCGGUGCCAAGCCUGCGAGUCAUUAGUGUAUGACGAAGAGGUGAUGGCGGGCUGGAGCUCCGACGAUUCCAACCUCAACACCACCUGCCCCUUCUGUGCCCGCCUCUUUGUGCCCUUCCUCAGUAUCGAGAUCCAGGAUUUCCAGGUUGCCUCCAGCAUCGACAGCUCGGACACCAGUUCCAUCUCUUCUGAUUGGCCGCGGGACAGCGAAGCGCCUGCCCUAGGCAGCCAGGGUCCUGUUCUCAGCGACCGCUACCAUUGCCUGUCUCUGGACGAAGCGGAGCCGGAACCGGGCAGGGAAUCUAGGACUGGGUCAUUAUGCAAUGGCUUCACCGAGUCUCUGGUCCCUCGGGGCCCCGCCCCCCAUGUGGAGCACCUGGCGUUUGCCUACCUGAGCCCCUUAGUCCUGCGGAAGGAGCUAGAAAGCCUCCUAGAGAACGAGGGAGGGGACUUCCUGUCUCAGCCAGAGCUAGUGGACAACCACCCCAUCAUCUACUGGAAUCUGGUGUGGUAUUUCCAGCGCCUCGGUCUGCCCAGCAGCCUCCCCCAGCUGAUCCUGGCUUCGAAGCAUGUCCAGUCUGUGCCCCAGCAGGGCUCGGCUCAGGAAGGACCGCUAGUGAGCGUGCGUUUGCUCUGGGACGUUUUGACACCGGACCCUGACAGCUUCCCCCCGCUCUACAUCCUCUGGAGGUUCCACAGUAACAUCCCAACUCGCCUCCAUUCGUGGCGUCGACACAACCACUCCUUCUCGCUCUCGUUCCUGGAGGCCAUGCUGAGCUUCGUCGGGAUGGGCGAGUUGCACAAGGCCGUCGCUCUCUUUUUGGACACGGUGAAGGAGCAGCUCAAGCCCGUACAUAUGCAGAGGAGCGUUUACCAUGAGAUCCUCUUCCUCAAGCUUGCCGCGCUGGGGAGAGACCACGUGGAUAUUGUCGACUUCGACAAGAAAUACAAGUCUGCCUAUUCUAAGCUAGCUAGCAGCCUGGGGAAGGAGUCUCUGAAGCAACGGAGGGCUCAACCCCUCACCUCCAAGGCCAUUGACUGCCGGAAAACCUUUGGGGCCAAUCUGGAAUGCUAGCAGGGCCUUCUCUGCUGCCGCCGCCUCCUCUUUCUCCCCCCUUGCAAGCUCACUUGCCCCGCCCCCUGCAAUUCCGGAUGCAUAGGAGUAACCAAGGAUAGAACUGGAGCUGAUAACCAAAUCGUUGCGGGAGCUCAUUCUACAGCCACAGCGCCUCCCUCCCAUUUCCAGGUGCCCCCCCCCCCAUGGGUGUGGAGUAGGACAAGAGGGUCAGUGCCGUUGCUGUCUUCUCUGCAGAGUUCCAUCUGAUUUCGGCAUGGCACUCGGAUACCUUCUCACCCCCUGCAGCAAAAAGGAAAAGGGGGUCUGACGAUAGCAGUGGAGAGAUGGUGGGUCUCGGGGACCACAUGUAUGUUGGUUUUUUUUGGGGGGGGGGGUUACAUCCUCCCCUCUUGUCCCAGCAUUGCACUUUGCACGUGCAUGCGACACCCAGAUGCCACCCCCUUACUCACACACACACGUAUACCCACCCUCAUUGCCUGGGUCGACCUCCUAGAGCUUGUCUAUAUUUUUGUGCACAGUGUUAUUUCUGGAAGGCGAGUCUGGCCGCCCGUCAGUCCAUCCACCCCCUCCACCCCCACCCCAACACGUCAGAGUUUAAUUAAGGAAAAGGGCGCAACCCAUUUUGAGCCAAGUUGGCUUAUUGUUAUUUUUUUAACCAUCAGUGUUUUUGGGGAGUGGUCGGUGGGGUGUGGGGAAAGAGAGAGCUAUUUUAUAAUUUAUUUAUUAUUGAGCCCUGUUUUUGUGCUUGCUUGUGCUUUAACUGUAAAGAAGGGGAGCCCAAUAGUAGGUGAUUUGAGCUGGAGAGGGGGGGUACACCAUGCAACAAGCGUUGCUCUUUCUCUCCUUCGCCAUACUCGUACACUGGGGUGGGGCAAGCCCCCAGCUUGUUGUGAGACUUCCCCCCACUGCUGGGGGGUGCUCCUGUGUAAGGGGCCAGAAUGGGGAACAGAAGAUGCCUUUCCCUGCCCCACCCCAAGAGCAUCGGUGCAUAGUGUCCCCCCACCCUGCUUUAUCCUUAGGGCUCAGAUUGUGCAAUAUGGAGUUCAAUCUCCAUCAAGUCCCUGUUUGUUGUAUUAUUGUUUGUUUGUUUCAGUGUUCCUGGUUCUGUAAAUAAAGAGGCUUCUGUAUUUUC